AUGAGCAUUCCGGAAUGGGCGACGACUGAAGAAUCCAUUGAGGAGGCAAAGGAUUAUCUCCGACAGGGAAAUACGGUGGAUUUCUUUGAAUUGAUGUCUAGCUCCAUCCUUCGAAGCCACCCAACUGACCUUGCAACAUUUUGUUUAGAACUUGUUCAAACCAUUGCCGACGGCAAAGAAACCCCUACAGAUGGUGAAUAUCACCCCAAAGUCGUAGAAGACAAUAGGUAUAUGCGAGAUAAAAAUGUUUGUGACUUUCUUAAUGAAUGGAUUUUGGCUUUAUUAAAAGAACGACCAAGCACAGAUAGUGACCGCAUCGGGUUUCACAAACGUUACUUGGAGGAACUCAUAGCAGGCGAGGAGAAAUCUUAA